AUGAUUGCUACUAGUCCUUGUGUCCGGACUCAAAUGAUGCAUACACACGCAUGUCCAGACAUCCGCAGCUACUUUGAGAUGGCAAACCCAAAAUUCAUCUGCGUAAAAGGAUAUGCUUCUAGGUCUGAUCAAUUAGGUAUCAGUGACUUUAGUCCUAGCCACCCUCAUUCGAGGAGGUCUCUGAUUGAUAUGGUCUGGUUUAUUUACCAGACCAAGCAGGGUGAGCUAGAAAUUGUCACCAAAAAAGGCAGGUUACAGUUAGCGACUGGAAAUGCGUAUAGUCAAGAAACUAAGACCCGAGUCGAAGGGCAUUUACGUACACUUUCAGUUGUGAAGGAGAAGCAAGGUUACUUUCGACGAACCUAUCCAAUCCAGGCUAACCCAGAGUCUCGCCAUCUCGCUGGGUUGGCCAAAAAGCACAUGAAGUGUCUCGACUGGGAUAUGGUUACAACAAGAAUAAGUUCCUCAUCAUCAUUCAAGACUAUUGGCUCAGGACUGCAAGAAGUAGUAAACGACAGAGCUCAAGGCAGAAGCAAUGUGAACCACAAAGCAAGCAAUAAGGCAAUUUUUCAAGGGUUGUUUUUGUCUCUGGAUUUCUUUGGCCGCCCUGUGACAGGGCUUGCAAUAAUACAACCCUUUAGAGAAUACCAGAGAGAGCUUGUGAGCGUUGGACUUUACCAAAAGGGUUCUUGGUGUGGUAAGCCAAGAUCUGGUAGCUCCUCUGCCAUUCGGUGGUCAAACCCUUUUGUGGUUGACCCCAUCGCUGCAAGUUGGCACAUUGUUUCUACUGGAAGCUUGGUUGUUUACUGCGGGUGGUUUCGUAUACCUCCUGCUGGUGGUCAAGGCCCAUUCCGCCCGGUCAUCGAAGAGCAUUUUGCAGUCCCGAGCCCAUCUCUUCAGAUGAUGAUACAUAUUCCAAGAUCCAUUCCUUUGCUUACAAAACAAAUCCUAUCAAUUAAGUCAUAUUCGGCCUUAUCAACUCCAAUAAUGUGGAAAAUUCCGAAGCCUGAAUCCUGUGCAAGUAUGACAGCAGCAAGAACCAAUAGAGGCGCAUUUCUAUACAAGUCCAAAAUCUGGGUUGUAUCUCCAAGUCUCAAGGCCAAGUCGAUUUCCAAGAAGGGGUCCAAUGCAAAAUUCCAACAGCAAAUUCCAAAAGAAAAACCAAAAACCAAAUCUGAGGCCUAUACUAAGUCCUCCUCUCCAAAAGGAUCAAAAGAAAUCCAAAUCCGAGGCCUAUACUAA